UAUAUCACUAUUUUAUUGAAAUGUUUCGCCUACAUGAAUAUACUUGAGAUACAAACGCACAGUUGUAUGUAAACAAAGGUUGGUGAUGGAGGCGGGCGACCCACAGGACCAGUGCUGCCAAGAUACAUAUUCACAAGUUUAACUCGUUACAGGGAACUUCUUCCGUUAUAAGAAGCGGACACCAGCCUCCACCAUUAGUUUCUCAGGACAAAAUACCUAACAAACGUGUUAUCAAGAUGGUGAUAUCAAUAAACACUAAAGACCACGUCAUUUGUAAGGCAGGCAAGACGUACUGAAUGGCUGAAGAAAACAAAUAUUUUAAAUAAAAGUGGAAAAGGGAAUGCAGAGAGGAUGGCUUCAACUGAUGUCAUUCGUGAAGCUGCCAUGUACUUGGAAUAUUUCCUCAAAGGAAUGUCUGAUUGUAGUGUAAUUGGGAGUUAUACCGUUCAGUUUCUGGAGAUGAAAAGCUUUAGUAUGCGCCUUCAGACAUCAUUAGCUACACAUCUUGUUCAACUUGUUACUAAUAUGAAGGGUCUCUUGCUGAAGUUGGAUAAUUCUCUGUUACCUGUUUGUAAUGCAGAGGUUCAGACAGAGAACAGAAGUAUGUGCUCCUUGUGUAGUUGUCAAGGGUCUGUGCAUAUACCAGUGGAAGAUACCAAAGACAGAUCAGUGGCAGCUCCUCAAGGGAAAUCUUAUGAAUCACCAGAAUUGGUCCAGUUGCUUACCUCAACACCGUUGAUCCAGCUUAAACAAGAGAUAACUUGUGUUUCAGAUUCAGUUGCAUCGGGUUCUUCUCAGUAUCAUCAAGUUGAGAUGGCUGUAAGUAAUGUGGAUCUUAAAGAUGUUAAAUGUAAAGGAACAUUAAAGACUAGUGACAAUAGAUUGAAUACAGAAUCACAAAUUGAGAAAUGUGUUGUGACGCCUUCACUGCAUACGCACCUGGAUGAACACAUGGAGCUGGACUAUGCUGCAUCUUCACACCUUCAAGAGGAAACACAAGGAGAAAUUCUAUUAGACAAUCUGGAAGGGUCUGAUGGAACUCAGCCCAGUGGGUUGAUGUAUUCUGUAUAUACUAUGAACCCCUGUGGAUCCCUGCAGUUAGUAAGUAGAGUUCUCAGUAAAAGUUCUUCAUCAAGAGAUUCACUGGAUGAGCCAGUUGAGAGAGCCACAAUAAGAAUAAAUAAUAUGAAGGAGGAUGACCACAGAACUCAGUCUCAGCUUGAAUCCCUUACACUAAGAGGAGAAGAGAUUCAAACCUCUGAACCUGACAUUAACCUGGAAGAGAUGGUGGUAGCCCCAGACAUUCUGGGUUUUGAAGAGAAACAGUUGAAAUCUGCAAGUAAAAGAAAAUCAAGAAAAAUUGUUGCUUCACAAAUGAGCCCUGCGGGAACAAUACUAACUGACAUUGUGAAGCUGGGACCUGAAGACCUUGGGAGUGCUACCUGGUGUGCAAUAUGUGAAAAGGAAUUUCCUUCUGCAGGAAGUCUUAAAGUUCAUCUCUCACGUACACAUAGUCAAGUUAAAUGGUGUCAUACAUGCACAAAGACAAUAAAUUCCGAGGAAGAGAUGUGUGACCAUGUUCGUGAUUGUCAUGGAAACCUUCCCUUUAUCUGUGUUGUGUGUGGACAGAGUUUGAGAACAAAUGCUGCCUUUCAGAGACAUAUGGACAUACACAAGGGGCUACGGGGAAGUGCCUGUGAGAUUUGUGGCCAGACGUUUUCUCGGACAGAGUAUUACCGAGAACAUAAAAGGAUUCAUACGGGCGAAAAGCCAUAUGAAUGUGACACAUGCAAAAAAACUUUCCGUAGAUCAAGCAAUUUAUACACUCAUAUGAGAAUCCACAACAUUGAGGAACAACGCCACAUUUGCAAAGCUUGUAACAAGUCAUUUGCUCGAGCUGAUAAGUUGAAGGACCACAUGAUUCGUCAUUUACAAAUAAAGCGUUAUGCCUGUCGAUUAUGCCCAAAAGCUUAUAAUGAAAAAAGAGACCUAACAAAACAUCUAGAAAAAGUACACACAAGCCAUAACAAUGUUGAUACAUGACAAUUUGUUACAGUAGGAAGGUCAUAUAUAAAUCUCAACCAUACUUUGCAUGUUUGAUCUUGACCAUCAGUACUGUAUUGCUGUUUUCAACUGGUACCCAAGUACUCUUUAUAUUGUAAAGUAUUGAAGUAUGGAAAAUGAUCAUCAUAGUUAAGUGCAAGAUGUAAACUGGGUGUUGUAGAGUCUAGUUGUUGCAAAGAAAGAAUAAUUUAAAGUUGAAAAAGACAACGCAGUUUGUUUAUUGCAUCUCUUGAUUCUUCCAUUACAAAAUAGAACAAAAAUAUUAUCUACCUCCUAAGUUACUUUUAAAUGCCAGUUGCCAAUCUUUCUUUGAGACUUUGUAUAUAUACUGAAGGUAAAAAAAAAAAACAGUAUUGAAGAAUAUAAGUAAAGUUUUGCUGCAUAAUGUGUA